CUCAUUUAUGCGAUGAGAUUGCUCGGGAUCACGUUAAUCGUAUCAUUUUGCGGUCGUCUUGCUGCAGCUCUGACGGAUACGAUCCCCAAUCGAAAUGUAUUGGAGGAAGCAACAUGGGCCACCUGGAAGCAACGGAACAAUAUCAAAAUCAAUCCCGAUGUUUUUCUCAGCACGCCGGAGAUGAUAAGAAGAACAGGUUACCCCGCCGAAGCUCACGUUAUAACAACAGAGGAUGGCUAUCUUUUGACAUUACAUCGUAUCCCAGGUGGUAAAAAUUCUCUACCUGUAUUACUGCAACACGGUCUUGCUAGUAGUUCUGCCGAUUGGAUUGUUCUUGGCAAAGGCAAAGCACUGGCAGAUCAAGGAUACGAUGUCUGGCUGGGAAAUUUCCGUGGUAAUGUCUAUUCAAGAGCGCAUAUUUCCUUAUCUCCGUCAAACUCAACAUUUUGGGAUUUUAGCUAUCACGAAAUGGGCAUCUACGAUUUACCCGCAAUGAUUACAUUUAUUACGAAUAUGAGAUCACAGUCAUUGCACGCAUACAUUGGUCAUUCGAUGGGCUCAACUAGUUUUUAUGUAAUGGCAUCAAGACGUCCGGAAAUCGCUCAAAUGGUACAAAAAAUGAUCGGCCUCGGGCCAGCAGUUUUCAUAGACCAUAUAAAAGGUUUGCUACGAUAUCUUGCUCCCUUUGCGAGAAAGAUUCAGACAUUUAUGGAAGUUUUAUUUCAUGGCGAAUUUCUGCAGAGAGAUUUGACUAAACUUUUUGCGAAAUUAUGCAACCAGAAUUUAUCCACGCAAGAAUUUUGCCUCAAUGUGAUAUUUAUGAUAAACGGUUUCGACUACGAACAAUUCAAUUACAAUCUAUUACCUCUCAUCAUGAAUCACAUCCCUGCUGGCAGCUCAGCUAAAUCAUGGAUUCACUACACUCAAGGAAUUCCAUUGGGAACAUUUCGCGAAUAUGACUACGGUCGCGAGAAAAAUCUGUUGAUGUACAACUCAGUGGAACCUCCGGAUUACGAUUUAACUAAAAUCACGGUACCAAUCGCUUUGUUCUACGGCAACAACGACUAUUUGGUCAAUCCUGUCGUAAGUAACAAAAAAAUAGGUAUUUAAAUAAUGGAAAUGUAUAUACAAGAU